AUCCAAGUGGAUCCGCCUCUUACCUUUUCCCAUCUCCAGAGCAAGGGAGCGUGGGGACCUCUCCCCUUCCUCCUGCCUUGCCCCUCGCCGGAGGGGCUCCACCUCCACCCGCGCUCCCAGGGUAUUUGUUGGUUGCGCGCCGCCCAGCCCCAGCCGCACUCGCUGCCUGGCUCGGAGAGUACCGGGGCGCCCCUCGGCCGUGCUGUGCUCCCGGCGCCUGCUGCCAUGGGACCCAAGGCCGCCUCCGGCUUCUACCUGGGCAGGAAGCCCGCCGCCCUGCUCGCGCUGCUGCUGGCCGCGCUGCUGCUGGCCCUGGCCGUGCUGGGGGCUCUGUACGGGCGCUGCCUGCAGGAGGUGGAGGCGCUGCGGGCGGCAGCGGCUCCCCCCUCGCCCACAGCCGGCCCGAAGGAGGAGGACGCCGGCUGCUGCCCCCCCAGCCCCAGCCCCAGCCCCGGCAGCACGCGCCCGCCGGGGGCCUGGGACAACUCCCGCCUGCCCCGCGCUCUGCUGCCCCUGCACUACGAGCUGCGGCUCUGGCCCCGCGUGAGCCCCGGCCAGCCCGGCCCCUUUGCCUUCUCCGGGCAGGUGAACAUCACGGUGCGCUGCGCCCAGGACACGGCCACCGUCCUGCUGCACAGCGCCGAGCUGGAGCUGUGGGGCGCGGCCGUGCGGGGGCCCCUGCCCGAGGGGCCGGCCGGUGGCGGCAGCAUCGAGGUGGCGGAGCUGUGGCUGGAGGAGCGGCAGGAGUACGCGGUGCUGGCGCUGCGGCGGAGCCUGCGGGCCGGCGGGCGCUACGUGCUGCAGCUCAGCUUCAGGGGGCCCCUGAGCGAGGAUCUGGACGGGCUCUUCCUCACCCGCUACACGGACCAGGGACAGAGCAGUAUGCUGAUUGCAUCACAGCUUGAACCAACAUAUGCCAGGACUGUUUAUCCCUGCUUUGAUGAACCUGCCAUGAAGGCAACCUUUAAUAUCAUAAUUGUCCAUCAUCCCAGUUACGUGGCCCUUUCCAACAUGCCUGCUAUAGAUACAUCUGAAAUGAAAGAUGAGAAUGGAAGCCUAUGGACUGUUACCACAUUUAAUACGACACUGAAAAUGUCAACUUAUCUAACUGCUUUUGUGGUUUGUGACUUUGAUUACAUCACCAGGACUGAAAGGGGCAAUGAGAUACGUAUUUGGGGUCGGAAAGAAGCAAUUAAAAAUGGGUAUGCUGAAUAUGCUUUAAAUAUCACAGGCCCACUCUUUUCAUUUCUGGAAGAUUUAUUUAACGUCAGCUACCCGCUUUCAAAAACAGAUCUGGUUGCACUGCCUGAUUUUGGAGCAGGUGCUAUGGAAAACUGGGGGCUAAUUACUUUCCAAGAAUCAUCCUUGAUGUACAUCCCAAGUGAUCAAUCCGGAGGCAAAAAGGCUAUGAUUUGCCUAAUUGUUUCACAUGAGCUAGGACACCAGUGGUUUGGAAAUCUGGUUACCAUGAGUUGGUGGAAUGAUCUAUGGCUUAAUGAAGGAUUUGCAUCUUACUUUGAAUACGUUGGUGCUAGCUACAUGGAACCCAGACUACCACUGGGACAUCUGAAGCACCUAAAACUGCACUCCUUUGGAUGGCUAUUGUGUUAUUUAGUCUUUCAACAUAGGAAACAGAGAACACUGAAUGUGUCUUGCCAGAUAAGUGAAGCAAGAACUGAUUGUACUCGAAAUAAUAAAAUCUUUUAUUAUCACAUGUUACAACCUGUCUUAAGGGAAGAUAAAGAAAUAGCAGCUCGGUCAUUAUCAACAAGAGAAGAAAAAAUCAAAGGAACCUUUUCACUAGUUGGCCUAUUUGAUAUCUUCACUUACAGCAAGGGGGCCUCCAUUGUCUGGAUGCUUUCCAGCUUUCUGACUGAGAGACUGUUUAACAAAGCACUCAAUUCAUACCUGAAAGCAUUUUCCUUUUCAAGUGUUAACCAAGAUGAUCUGUGGACUCACAUACAAAUGGUUGUAGAUGCACAGAAUGAAGUUCAGUUGCCUGCAUCAGUAAAAAAUAUAAUGGACUCCUGGACAUGCCAAAAUGGGUUUCCAGUUUUAACAUUGAAUCUGUCCACCGGCAUUAUCAGUCAGGAACAAUUUUAUAAUAAAAGGACAGAAAACAAUACUACUUACAAUAACACAUGGAUUGUUCCUAUUUCUUGGAUAAGAAAUGGAUCUGCACAACCCUUAGUCUGGCUAGAUAAAAGUAGCAAAAUGUUUCCUGAAAUGCAAAUAUCAGAUUCAGAACAUGACUGGAUUUUGUUAAAUAUGAAUAUGACUGGGUACUACAGAGUUAAUUAUGAUCCAUUACAUUUGAAGAGAUUAGCAGAACUGCUUGAAAAAGACCCAAAGGCUAUUCCAGUUGUCAACAGGUUACAUUUGAUAGACGAUGCUUUUACAUUGGCACAGGCUGGAUAUAUUGAGAUUGAGUCUGUAUUUGAACUAACAAAGUACCUUGCCAAAGAAGAUGAAAUGUUUGUGUGGUAUACAGUACUGUCAAACCUAAUACCUGACAAUUUGGAAAAUAUUCUGAACAAAUAUGAAUUAUAUCCAUUUUUAAAGAAAUAUCUGUUAAAGAGAAUGUUGCCAAUAUACCAUUAUUAUGCAAGUAUUAUUCGUCAAAAUGUUGAUGCUUUGGCAGAUGACUAUUCUGAUCAAAUUUAUUUGGAAAAACUUAUUAAUACAGCAUGUUGGCUGGGUCUCCAAGACUGUUUAAACCUAUCUUCUGAACUUUACACUAAGUGGAUGGAGAACCCUGACAAUGAGAUUCCCUUUACUAUUAAAAGAACAAUCUGUUGUUAUGGUGUUGCAAUGGGAAGUGAUAAAGAAUGGGACUUUGCAUGGAAAAUGUAUAAUCAUAAUAAUUCCAAAGAAAUAGAUAAGGAUAUAAUGCUCUUUGCCAUGAGUUGCACCAGAGAGUCCUGGUUGCUUUACAGAUAUUUGCAGUACUCACUCAACAGUUCAUUAUUGUCUUCUAAUAAUACGGCCAUAGUCAUUUCAAAUGUGGCAUCUACUGAGAUUGGCCAACGCAUAGCUUGGGAAUUUGUAACAGAAAAUUGGCUACUUUUAAAUGAAAGGCAUGGGAAUGGAAUACUACAGAGAUUAUUGAGAAUUAUGGAAAACUUUGUCAAUACAGACUUACAGAUCCAAGAGUUGCAGCUUUUUUACAAUACUACACUGGACGAGGAUCUACGGACUGCUACUACUGAAACAUUGCAGUUUGCAAAGUUUGCAAAUAAGGAAAGGAGAAAACUCAUAGCCAGAUUUACUGAUUGGUUACGGAAAAAUAUAGAUGACUGACUUCUGAAAUCUGUUUCUCACAUAUAUUCUAUUAGAAUAUAGCUUGCUAGCAUUUUUAUACUAUUUUAUGAUUUAAUAAAGAGAUGAAGCACAUGAUUUAUAUUCGAAACCAAAGAUUCUAACCACAAAGCCAGACCAACCUGAUUCACAAUGGAAGCAUAAAAUUCUACAGAAAACAUGCAAGAAAACUAUCUGCAUAUUACAUCUAUCUUAUUUCCCUACGGGAUGAUGCUUGAGAGACUUAUUCUUAAAUAAAGUCAAGAAAAAUCUGCAGAAACAUUUUUAAAAUAUGUCAGCACUUUGGGGGAAUGAGCCCUGUGGUUAAAACACAGGACUGGAAGUUAAAAGACUUGGGUUUUAUUCUCUGUUCUGACACUGGCUUGCUGUGUGACCUUUAGGCAAGUCAUUUAAUCACACUGAGCCUCAGUUUUUGUAUUUGUGAAAAGGUAAUGGGGACGAUAAUACGUAAGUUAGAGCAGCGUUAUGGAACUUUAACUCUUGAAUGUUUGUUUGUGAAGUGCCUCUUGAUCCUCAGAGGGAAAGCACUACAGGAAUCCAAAGCUUACGUUUUUAUAUAUUGCGUGCUUUUUCAUCUACACUAAAUUUCAUUAGAGAAUUUGUAGAAGUUUUACUUUCUUCCGGCCUGUUAUUAGACUUAAUGGAGAUGACUGACAGCCAAAUAAAACUCAGGCCAUUAGUAUUAAAGCAAGUCUAUUAGCUUUUGGUUAAAGUGUAUUAGUUUGUGGGUUUGUUUAUUUGCACAGUUAACAAAUUAUGAAAAAAUGAAGUUGCACCAGUACCCCAAUAAACAAAGAAAGUAAUAUUACAUUACCCUAGGGAAACCCAGUGAGGAAGUAACAGGCAGUGUUAUAAAGGAAAUAAAGAGCACAAAACAGAGCAAUAUCCAGGAUUUCAAAAUCAGAGUUUUCAAUGUGGAAAAUUCGUUGUUGGGUUCCCAGUGCGCAUACGAGGAUGCUGACAGCCACAUCCUUAGCCCCAACUAAGGGUAUGUCUAAACUUGGAGCUGGGGGUGCGAUUCCCAGCCUGAGGAGAUAUGUAGCUGUGGCAGCACGGGCAGCAGGAAAGGCUGACCACCCUGAGUAUGUGCCUAUGGUCUUGGAUGGGUACGUACGCCGGGUGGGUAGCCCCUCCCACUGCUCCUAUGGCUGUGGCUACGCUCUAUUUUUAGCACACCCGCUUGAUCAAAACUAGUGCAGGAGUGUCUCCUGGAGCUUGGAAUCACACCCCCAGCUCAAAGGGUAGUUACACCCUUAGUCUCCUCUGCACCUCUCCAAUGGUGCAAAGUAUAAUUAAAGCUGCCUUUAGGCAGUACUGGAGGAUUCUGUCAGCACAAGGGACAUAUCUGCUGAUGUAGCCAGCUCUAUGCUAAACACUCCUGGUCUCCCCAGCACCCAUUCCAGGAUGGGGAGGGUUUGGGGGCGGAAUGCAAUAUGUUCCACUGAUCAUGGAUCGCAAAGGAGCUGCUCCCUGCUAGCAUGACUUAGAGCUUCUUCAGAUAGAUGCAUGACUGAUUUGUCCCCCUGCAGGACUGGUGCGAGGUGGAAAGGAAUGGAAUGACACCUAGGCUACCCCAGGUGGGCACCACUCUACACAAUCUCACUGCAGGAUUUAUCUACCUAACUUUCAGCACCCAGCCUAUCCAAACCAUUGUCUUUCCCAGCUAUCUGUAAACAUUCUCCCCUUUUCUUGUGUACAGAAAUGUCAGGUUUUUUCCUGAAUAAAAAUAUGUUAAUAAUUUAA